AUGACACUCAUGGUUGGCUUUCAAUAUUCAAAACAAAAAACAGGGCAGUGUGACAGGGCAGUCAAGGCAGUGAAAGAAGAUGGAAGUGUGGUGACAAUAGUUGGUCCUGUAACUCCCCCGGCUUUGAUAUUCGUGCUCACUUCUAACGGCUCUGUCUUGGACAAACUGAAGCCCUACUUGGAGAGUGGAAAGGUGAAGCCGGUGCUAGAUCCCAAGGGUCCAUUCCCAUUUUCUCAAACUGUAGAGGCAUUUUCCUAUCUUGAAACCUGCAGAGCUGUAGGAAAAGUGGUAAUUUAUCCGAUCCCAUGA